AUGCUUUUCAUUACAUUUGCUGCGAUUGUGCUUUUGACUAAUGCACGAACGUUUUAUAGAGUGCGUCCUGAAAUCGAACCUUAUGAUAAUAUACUGGAUUAUUUGACAAUGGAAAAUCAUGCUCUCUACGACGAUCUUGAACGAGACAACGACGACAUUUUCUCGUCGUUCAUGGAGCCAUCGUCAGAAUUAUUCUUAGAAACGUAUUCCCCGAUAUAUCUUUCAAAUGACAAUGGUAUUAUAAAGUUAUUCAGAAAGCCAAUGAUUUCGCUGGAUGAAUAUUACGAACCAGAAUAUGCCGUUGAAAAAGACGGACUAAUGUGA